AUGUUUGUUUGGGCAUCUGAUAACAAGUUCGUUGUUGGUGAUAUUCUCAGUAAGAUUUCUCAAACGUUUCUUAAUAAUUCUUCAGUUUUCAACUUCGACACCAACGCAAACGAUGUACUACAAGUACCCAAAGCAUCGUUCGACUCAUGCAGCUUGGACAACGCAAUUGGCUCGCCCAUCACAACAAGCCCAGCCAACGUCACGCUCACCUCAGCAGGCGACAACUACUUCAUCUGCACUAAGGGCACCAACUGCCAGUUCUCCCAGAAGCUAGCCAUCACCGUCUCGCCCUCAGCACCAACUUCUGAGCCACCAUCACCGCCGCCCACUGCCCCUCCUACCACGCCAUCACCAUCAUCGAACGACCCUGCGGCUUGUGCUCCAGUCCCGUCAGCGUCACCAUCCACGGCUGGCGGGCCCACUGUGAAGGCUACUCCCGGGUCUUCCCCGCCCCCUGAUAAUUCUUCUCCAGCUGUUGUGGCGGGUUUCUCUUUGUCCUCCCUUGUCAUCAGUGGCGGAGCCACCUAAGGACCAGUGUGGGCCUAGGCCCUCUCUCAUAUUUUUUAUUUUAUCAUAUUUUUACUUAUAUGUGUUGCUAUAUAUGUUGGCUUCCUGGAGUAAAAACUGUAAAAAUUCAUGUUUUUUCUCCUUCUCUUCCUCUUUUGAUUAACUUAAGCUUUGUGAAUUCCCCUUUCCCCCAUUUUACAUGU